UUUGUAAUCCUAACUCUCAAAAUUCCAAUUCGUAGAAUUUGCUAGGAAAAUUUCAUUUCUCUUUACGGAUUACAAAUUACAUAUUACAGAUUUGAUUCGAGUUUUAUUUUCUAUUUGCAGAGUUCGAUUUCGAAUUCCGAGUUUCCAGCAUCUAUUCAAGUUACUUCUCAAGGAAAAAAAUUGAAAGAUAUUUUUGAAGAUUCCAAAGAACCGAAGAGGUAAAGAAAAUUGGUACUUGUUGGCAGUGGCCUAAUCAUCAGAGAUCUUUCUACCCUAUGGCACUUGCUACAUUGGUUCCCGGAAGCAGCAGUAUACGAUGUAGUUUUCCGGUAUUCGCCUUCUGCACAAUGUGCAAUCCUAAUAAACUUCAGCCCUUUAUUAGCAGAAGAGCGGGAGUCAUAGCAGGGAUGACUUCAUUAUCUUUAAUAACAGAAGGAACAAUGAGCAAUAAAACUGCAAACAGUUUUGAUUUUAGGAUGACAGUCCCUGACCAAACAGCUGAAGAAGCUCGGAGUUUGAUCGGAGAUCACGCUCAAGCGUUAUUAGAUGUGAAGUCUCUUAUAGAGUCGGAAUCUUGGAGGGAAGCACAGCGAGAAUUGCGAAUGAAUUCAGCAUAUUUAAAACAAGACAUUUACACAAUUAUCCAAAGCAAAGAGGGCAGCAUUAGGCCGUUGUUAAGGAAGCUCUAUGCUGAUUUAUUCAAUAAUGUUACUAAGUUGGAUUAUGCUGCAAGAGAUAAGGAUGUUGCACGUGCCCAGGAGUGUUAUAAUAACGUUGCUGCUGUCCUCAACGACCUUUUAUCUAGAAUCUGAAAUUGAUCAUUCUGAUUCUACACCCGCCUUUUCUUGAUCGCCAUUGUUAUCUCCUUGUGAUGAUGAUGUACAGAUACAGAGAAUUACAUCUGACAUGAAUUAUGACAAACUCAAAGUUUUGAAAUGAAAUGCAAGUCAAAUGCUUGUUAAUUAUGGUCAUAAUUAAUUCUUGAUGAUAGAGAAAUGUGCAAAUAUCCAAUCAAGGGCUUUUGAGGUUAAUUGAAAUGGCUUAAAAGCAAUCAUAGAUAUAAUGUUAGUUUCCUCUUUGAUUUGAAACUGUUGUUCAUAAUACAGAAAAGCUGCAGCAGUAGUUAUUACAGUACAUCAAAAGUAAAGUUACAAGCUAACGAAUAAAAGCGUCUUAGUAAGUAUGCGAUGCCCUCUUCUCAAGCAAUAAGAAGAUUGACCCCGAAAGAAAUUGUGCAGAUCAUCAAACCCAUCAAGGCCAAGAAACCAUAUUUCCUGUAAGCAAAGCAUAGAACAAUUAGUUUUCCGACAAAACAGAACUUCUGAAGUAUGCAACUAAAAUAGUCGACAGAGUCUUUUUGUAAAACUACUACAACAUAAAAUUUGCAAUCUGAAAAGUUAUAUAGAAAUCAGAAGACAGCAUCUACAGGAAGGUGUAGCUGCUUUUUCAUAGAUGCCUAUCGAUUACUACGCUAGAGCCAUUCUAUAUCUUCUACACCAUUUAGCACUUGGUGUCGGGUGAUUGUAUUGGACACAUGCAUGUCCUAGAACUAGAUGCACUAUCUAAAAUGACCACAUAAGCAGCUAUCCGACUAAAUAAUUUGAUGCAAGUCCCUCCAUUGGAAUGUGUCAUAAUUGGACUUAGCCUGGAGUUGAACUCGAACUUCAUUAUGCUUACUCAAUAUCACAAUUCCUAAAUGCAUAACUGCAUAAGCUAGAAUCUUUAGGGUGAUUUGGUCGAACAACCAAGCUAGAGAUUAGGGCAUUAGGCUGAAAGAGAGAAGACUUGUAAACAAACAGCAAGAGAAUAUAUACUUCUUGACAUUUUCUUCUACCUUCAGCAGAAAUAUAUCCAUGAGCUGGUAUCAGAUGGAAAAAAGUCUCACAUAUACUAGUUCAAUUGUUCAAGGAUCCAGCCAAUUUUCUGUCCUCCUUGAGCAAUCCAGAACUAAUACUCACAUAUACUAUACGACGAUGUUCGAAAAAGUUGUCACAUUUCCGGAUAUAGACCAGACUAUGAACGGGUUAAAACUAAUCAUACUUAUCAAUCAUCACAAAAACCCAAAUUCUGAAUGUGCUAGUUUUACCAAUCUGAAAAUGGCAAAAAGAAAAGAGACAUGUAACACUACAUAGUACAUACCCAAUGGAAAGACGUUUCUGAGGAUCACCAGAGGAGUAACCAGUGAAGUAGAAAUAACGAGCAACGAUGUAAAAGAGGCCAAGACCAGUACAUAUACAUGGAUGUCUCAUUCCUCCCAAUAUCAUUAAUAUGAAAUAAACUGGCAUCAUUUCCAAUGAAUUCUGGUGCCCUCUCUG